CAGCCCCCACCUACCUCCAAACUGACGUCACGACUCAGGCUAUUUGCAUGAGCAAUGCUGCAGCAGCAACUGGGAGCUCAGUGUCUCAGUUUGUUACCAACGAUCGCUAGAAGGAAAAAAAAAGAGCAAGCUACAGAGCAGGGAAGGAAAAUUACCAGCAAAACACCACAGCCUGUGAAAGUGAAUAGCCGUCAUUCUCAUCUGUACAACUAGGCACUCAAAGCAUGGAGCUACCAGCGGCGGGAGAGCACGUCUUUGCAGUGGAAAGCAUUGAGAAAAAGCGAGUAAAAAAGGGAAGAGUUGAAUACCUGGUGAAAUGGAGAGGCUGGUCUGUCAAAUACAACACGUGGGAGCCAGAGGAAAACAUCCUUGAUCCGAGACUCCUGGUUGCUUUCCAAAACAGAGAAAGACAGGAACAGCUUUUGGGUUAUCGCAAACGUGGACCUAAACCCAAACACCUCCUGGUUCAGAUUCCUUCUUUUGCCCUGCGUUCCAGUGUCCUUUCGGAUCUCCAAGAAACCUCUCUGGAUGAUGAGAACAGACCCAAGACUGAGAAUAUCCCAGGGAACAAAAUGCAGUAUCAGCAGUAUCAGUUGAACAGCAAGAAGCACCACCAGUACCAACCCAACAGUAACGAGGCCCAAGUUGAGCAACAGGCCAACAGCAAGAAGAAAUAUUACUACCAGCUUAACAGCAAAAAACAUCACCAUUACCAACCGGACCCCAAAGUGUAUGACCUUCAGUACCAAAGGGGAAGAGAGACCAGCGGUCAGCUCCAUUUGGACCACAGUCGUAAUCUGUCUCCCACUCUGCAGCAGACGUGGGUUCACAACAAAGAGACUGGUUGCCUUAGUCAGGUUAAAGACCUGUCUGUGGAGCUCAAGAAGCUUCCAGCCCAUUUAACUGGAAGCGAUCCAGUUCAGAACUCUAAUGGAGUUACCAGUGCCACCAAAGAAGAUGCAAUGAGCAACGGAAUUGGAAGUAAAUUGAAAAUCGUGAAAAACAAAAACAAGAAUGGGAGAAUCGUCAUUGUCAUGAGCAAAUAUAUGGAGAAUGGAAUGCAAUCAGCAAAGAUUAAAUCCAGGGACGAUGAAAUGAGCCACCAGGACAGAAAAAUAGACAAUUCAGGAAUUGUCUCAGUGAGGACCAAGUUGGCCGAUUCACAUAGAUCGGAAGAUGGGAGUAACAAAGAUGAAGAAGAACAAAUGCCAACAAGUGCUUGUACUGCUGCUGGACUGAAAAAUGGACACUCCCAGACUGAUGAAGUAGGGAUAAGAAAUAAUGAUAACAUGGAAAAAGACAGUAAUGAGACUGGAAAUAAUGCAGAACUGAUAGAUGACCAACCUCUUCAGCUUACCACCAAACCUAAUUUAAUACCAUGGCCCUUUGAAAUGGGUGUUCUGUCGAGACUGGACCAGAAAAGGAAUGAGGCUGGAAUAAAUCUGGCUCAUUCCAGGAAACGCAAUCUCUCUGAACCAAAUGAGGAAAGAGGAGUUUUCAAGAAGUUUCUUGCUUCUAGGAGCAUAAGCACACCCAGCAGCGUGCCUCAGCUACCCCAGGAGAAGCCAAUGGACCUUCAUCUGAACAGCUACCACCACCCUAGUGUACCAGACUACUUGUUUGAUGGUUCAAACCCAGAAGAACCUAUAGACUUAAGUUUUGUGAAGCCCAGAGCUGUGGUGGAGACCUGCAAACGGGUGCAGGUAGAAACAAAGGAGAAAGAGCCUUUGGAGACCCAGGAAGAGAAGGAAGAACCUGCAUCUUGUUUUAAACCAUUCCUUGGAAACAUCAUAAUUACUGACGUUACUGCAAACUGUCUUACUGUCACCUUUAAGGAAUAUAUUACUGUCUAAUGAACUGGACCAUGAAUGGGGGAAUAUAAUACAUUUUAGACCUGAUAUAUAUGCCAUUAAAGAAACAAUACUCAUGUUUUUUAUGUCUAUUGGAGCACUGGUUAGAUGAAGCCCUUGGUAUCUACUAGGAGGCUGUGUGGUCCAAUGGUUAAAGAAAAGGGCUUGUAACCAGGAGGUCCCCGGUUCAAAUCCCACCUUAGCCACUGACUCAUUGUGUGACCCUGAGCAAGUCACUUAACCUCCUUGUGCUCCGUCUUUUGGGUGAGACGUAACUGUAAGUGACUCUGCAGCUGAUGCAUAGUUCACACACCCUAGUCUCUGUAAGUCGCCCUGGAUAAAGGCGUCUGCUAAAUAAACAAAUAAUAAUAAUACUUGCUCCAAUUGUCACCCAUGUUGUCCUUCUGCCACAAACCAUGAAAUCCAUUCUCUUGUAUGAAGUCUCAGUUUACGAACCUGAUGUUUUUAUAGUACCACAAUGGUAGUUCUUGGUAAUAGAGGGGUAUGAAGCUGUGAUGCAACUUUGAUUUAAAAAAACAAAAGUGCAUUUUAAAGUUUUGAGAUAGAAUAUCUAAAAGUGUAAAUAGAAGUGAAUAGUUUGGAUACUUCUUCCUAGUGGAUAUUUGGCCUCAGAUUAAAAAGUAAGUGUGUGUGUGUAUAUGUAUAUAUAUAUAUAUAUAUAUAUAUAUAUAUAUAUAUAUAUAUAUAUAUAUAUAUAUAUAUAUAUAUAUAUAACCUCUCUUUCACUGCUUUUAUAAUAUUUUCAUCAAAGACGUGCACUUAAUUUACAAUGUUAAUUGUACAUUAAUGAGAAAUAUUUGGUGGAUACUGUAUUGGGGGGGGGGGGCCCCAAACAAUAGUUACCCUUCCGUACUGAUCUUUCUCCAAUAUUAUGGGAUAUGGUGACAUGACAUACUUACUCAAGGUAAAUUGGGUUGUGUUAAGUAUAGUAGUAAAUGUAUAAUACUUUAUACACAUUGUAUCAAUACAAUCUGUUGUGGAGAGGCUGUUGGUUUUGCAGACUUUUUUUGGUAUUAUGUCAACUGUAUUAGAUAUUCUUUUACUAGAUUUAAGAUAUUCCCAGAAUGAUGCCCAUUGUGUUGCCACCAAAUUAUUUUGGACAGAGGAGUCAGAAUAACUUGUUACCAAUUGUUUAGGGGACACCAAAAUCUUGCUUUCUUUAUAAUCUAGAUAUUAAAACAGAUUUAUUUGGGGUUAUUAUUACUGUUGUGCUAAACUGUUAAGUAGUUCAUCCCUUAAAGUGCAAAAACCCUGUUUUCUAGAAUCUGAUGCUAACAAGCUAUUUUAAAGAGUGCUGCUAAACUGUAGAAAUGUUUAUACUUUGAGCUGUUGAUGUUUAUUGCUUGAAUGUAACCACACAAGAGUUUAACAAAGAAAGAAAAGUCUUUAAUGUACAAGAAGGGACUCUGCAGAUCCAUUACAUUAAAGAGCCAGUUGAAUUAGGGGAUUGUAGUAUUUUGUAUAUGGUCGCCAUAUUGGAAUUGUUGCCAACUGCUUCAAAUAACAAUGACAAAAGGGGGGCUUAUCUGUUUGUGGUCUUCUACAGAGUUUAAAGAAUAACAAUCGCGCACACACACAAUAAAUGUUUGCUUUUAGUAAACUGCGAAUGUUCUUUAAAAGGCCAGUAUGUAUAGUGUAAAAGUGAUUCUGUUUAAACAUUGCAAAUCCUGUAGUUUGGUACGUGCACUUAGUUGUUAUAAAAUGUAUGUAGCUUCAAAGCAAUUAAUUGAGAAUUAAGAGAGCUGGCUGUCUCUAGUAAUUGCUCUGCAAUAUAACACAAAUAAUAAUAAUAAAAUAACAAUUAUUUAAA